GACUUGCCACCUUGCCAGCAUGCGACGGUUCUUCAACACGCGACGCUUCAUUCUAAGCGGCAAGAAUAAAAUUAGCAUUUUGAAUCCAUGCAGCAGCUGCUCCCCUCGCAUCUGCUCCACGCUUUACAAGCUGCUCUUUCUGGGCAUGCUCUGCAUGUUGGUCAUGCUGCUCUCGGAACGCGAUGCAAGUAUCAACAAUGUUGCAACUCCCCCGGCAUCCUCGUCACCGCGCAUCUUUUGCAUCAUCUCCACGUAUGGCUAUCGACAAUCCACCACCGCCAUUCACAUCAAACGCACCUGGGCCAACCACUGUGAUCGAUUCCUCUUUGUCAGCGACGAUUCCCACGAGGAGAUCGAACCAGCCGUAUUUCUCAAAGUGCCGGACAAGUGGCAUCAAUACCGUGCCCACUUGGAGUAUGUCCACAGAUAUCAUUUCGAUGAAGCCGAUUGGUUUCUCUACGCCAAUGACGAUAACUUUGUGGUUGUGGAGAAUCUUCGGCAUAUGCUGCAGUCCAAGAACCCAGAUGAGCUUAUCUACUUUGGCUGUAAGCUGAAAUCUCACUCGAAUCAGGUCUAUAUGUACGAUCGCGCUGCCAUUAUCUUUAGUAGCGCCACUCUUCAACGGUUUGUCCUUCAAGCACUGCCCGAUGAGUCGAUUUGCGGAUCAGGGGAAAUGGGAGGCGCUGCAACUGAAGAAUUGAGUCGUUGCUUGAGCAAUAUUAAAGUUCAGGCUGGCGAUAGUCGAGAUCACUUGGGCCAUCAUCGAAUACUUCCAUUACAGCUCAAGGAACAUCUAAAUAUACCACUAAAUGCUUCGCUGGAGCUGCACAAAAACUUUCUAGAUCGCUCUUACUAUCAAGUUGAGAAUAACCAGAUACCAGUUUCAGUGCGGUUUAUCAGCUCACAUAUCGAAUAUAUGCCAGAUGCAUAUAAUCUCUAUUAUAUGAUCUACCAAGUGAAACAGUUUGGAUUGCCCCCUGCAAACAAUUGGCAGGAAGCAGACGAAGAACAGUUCAAUUUAGAUGGAAAUGUGUACGAUUAA